AUGGGCCCGGAGUUUGAGGAUCUGAUACCGUUGGAGCAUCCAGACAAUAGAACUACCAGUAUAUACCUGGUAUAUACAAUGAUAGGUGACAUUUUGCUGUUUGUUCAAUGGCUAUUAUUCAAAGUGUUGAAUCUCAUAAUUAUUGAUUCUCCAGCAUUCGUUCUACGACUUCUUUCAAAAAAUUUUGAAAUAAACUUGCAUUUAUCUUCUAUUUUGGUGACACUAGUUGGUGUUAGUGUUGUGGCUUAUUUGGUUAUCAGGUAUAAAUUUCUUACAGGAUAUUCCCAAAGCAACGAUCAAAAAGAAGGGGCGAGUAAGAAGAGCAGUCAUCCCGCUUCCUCGAAAGUAUUUGUUGGAAAAUCAAAGCAAGAUAAAAAACCAGGCAAUUAUUUAGAUGAGUUUUUACUAGCAAUUAAAGUUUUUGGGUACUUGGACAAAGCUGUGUUCCAUGAAUUGACAAAAAGUAUGACUACACAGAAAUUGUCGCAAGAGGAGAUAUUGUGUUUGGAUGAAUCAUUGGGGUUUCUGAUAGUCGUCGAAGGGGUUGCCCAAGUAUAUACAAAAAAGUCUAAGGAGAAACUGCUGAAAUAUAAGCAUCACCAUUUUGAGGAGAUUGAAGAGGAGCGGGAUGAGUUUUUGAUUCUUGGUGACAAGCAGUACCAACUUUUGAAUGAAGUCAAAAGUGGUGCUCCAUUGAGUUCGUUGUUCUCCACCUUAGACUUGUUUAGGCCAAGGAAUACUAAUGAGGAAAUGGCUUUGACUCCGAGCGAUGAAGAUGGGAACAGUGUUGUUGCAUUGAAUAUGGAUUAUUUGGGUAAAUCAGUACCUGAUUCAAAAUUGAACAGCAGCGACGAAGACGAAAAUAGUGAGGAUUAUCCUGAAAUAAUUGUCAGACCAAAAAAGUCACAUAAUAACGGUACCAUGACUAUAGCAAUUAUCCCCCACACUGCAUUCGAACGCGUCCAACUGAAGUAUCCAAAGGCCACAUCUCACAUUGUCACAAUGGUUUUAACUAGGUUGUACAAAGUGACAAUGAGCACUGUGCAAAAUUACCUUGGUUUAACCAGUGAGAUUUUGAAACUGGAGAUAAAGUUGAACGAAGAAAACGCUAUGAGCUUGCCCAGAUACUUUGUUGACGGUUUAUUGCAAAGGUUGAACAAGACGAAAGAAUCCGAGGCUGAGACCGAGAACUUACCAAAGAAGCUUAAGCAUCAUCAUAGAAACCCGUUACAAAGAACUACUUCGAGGUAUGUGUCUUUGGAUUCUAAAGUGAAAAGUAAUCAUCCGGGUGAUUUGCUUUCGUCGGUGCCUAUUUCUCGAAGUGAGUUCCAAAAAAAGAAUGUCCCAAAAUCUUCAGCUACUUCAUUGCUGGAUGGAGAUAACAAAAGAAUGAACUUCACUGAUGAAAUGGAAGAAACUGAGGAGAACUCUUUACGAGUUGCGAUAAUCGAGAAUAUUUUCAAAAUGGUUGGUAUCGAAGAGACAAAUGGUAUAGAUGAAAGAAGUGGAUAUUUCCAAAGCUUGAGCUCUUCAACAAGCAGCUCUAUUGUGGGCUUGGAUAGUUUGAAUCAGUCGAUUAUGUCCGGUACUACCACUCCAACCACUAAAAGAUCACAUCCGGUAUUCAACAAUCGUGGAAGCUUAAUGAACACGAUUAAUCUAGCAGAAUUGAGAAAACCAUCGACUUCUGAAAACUCGACAUUGCCUAAAUUUUCUGCCAAGAAGCGUUUGUUAUCAGACAUGAAUAUCAAAGAUGCAUUUGCUAAAUCUCUAGAGAUCAAGUACAUUGGUCCCGAUUGUACGAUCGUGAGUCAGAAUUCAGCUGUUACUGGGUUGUACUACGUUAUAGAUGGGUCUUUGGAAAUUUACAAUCGUUCUGCAGAUGUUUCUGCCCCUAAUAGAUACAUCUAUACAGUCGAGUCUGGUGGGAUUGCUGGAUAUUUGACUUCGGUUGUUGGGUUCAGAUCGAUGGUGACGAUAAAGACCCCCAAAAAAACAGGGGCAGUUGUUGCGUACAUAGCUAAGAAUGACUACAAUAAGUUGUUAGACAAGUAUUACUUUUUGCAGUUACCCGUUGCACUUAAAUUAAAAAAUUUGCUAUCCAAGCAGAUACUCACGAUUGAUUAUGCGCUAGAAUGGUGUCACAUACCUGCAGGUGAAGUUUUGUGCUCACAGGGAGACUUGGCCAAUGGGUUCCAUGUUGUCUUGAGUGGGAGGUUUAGGGUUGUUAGGUCAACAAACAAAAAUACCGAAAAGGAGGACGUUGAGGUUUUGGGCGAAUAUGGGCAUGGUGAAUCUAUUGGUGAAGUCGAAGUGUUGACGGCUUCGAGAAGAUCAAACACAUUGAUUGCAGUUCGAGAUUCAGAAACAGCACGUAUCCCAAGAUCAUUAUUUGAAAUGUUGUCUAAUGAGAAUCCAUCAAUAAUGGUUAGUGUUUCUCGUUUAGUUGCAUCCAAAGUACUUGCUCUGCAGUAUCAACCAAGAGAGCGGAAUUUUAUCACUUCAACUACUUCGCAAGAGUCGUUCACAUCCGCAAAUUAUAAAACAAUAACAAUUUUGCCCACCGUGUCUGGUUUACCGGUGCGACAAUUUGCAGAAAAGUUGGUUCAGGCUUUAAGACAGAUUGGCCGAAACGUGAUUGCAUUAGACCAGGCUCUGAUCUUGACUCAUUUGGGGAGACAUGCGUUUGAUGAAAGUUUGGCAAGGUUGAAACUACUGGGGUAUUUUGCGUAUUUGGAAGAAGAAUACGAGACCAUUGUAUACAUUUGCGACACCCCAGUUCAGUCUAAUUGGACGUCAACCUGUAUCUCUCAAGGUGACUGUAUUUUGUUAUUAGCAGAUGCCGAGGAUGAUAGCACGACUAUUGGUGAGUAUGAGCAACUCUUGGUUAAAUUGAAAACUACAGCUAGAACAGAUUUGUGUUUGCUUCAUAGGGACAAAGUUGUUAGACCAGGGUCUACUAGUCCGUGGUUGAAAAAUAGAAUUUGGGUUCAAGGACAUCACCAUAUUCAAAUGAAGUUUGAGCAAGAGGAAAAUGUUUUACCACACAAAAAAUCGUUUAUAAGCGAUUUGGCGGCUAGAAUUUCUCAGAAUAAGGCAAUAAAGUCAACUUUUGAGGCAACAAAGCAGCACAUCAAAUGGUAUAUCAAAGAAAACGACCAGAGCAAGGUGUUGAAAAUUUACAAGGAUGACUUUAUGCGAUUAGCGCGGAUUCUUUCCAAUGAAGCAGUAGGUCUUGUUUUGGGAGGUGGUGGUUCAAGAGGUAUAUCUCACGUUGGUGUUGUCACUAGUUUAGAGCGACAUGGAAUUCCGGUUGACAUUAUUGGGGGUACAUCCAUUGGGUCUUUUGUUGGUGGGUUGUAUGCCAAGGAGUACAACAUUGUCUCCAUUUAUGCCAUGGCGAAAAAGUUUUCGAAAAGAAUAUCUUCGAUUUGGCGAAUGUUGUUUGAUUUAACCUACCCAGUCACUUCCUACAUCACAGGUUAUGAAUUCAAUCGUGGUAUUUGGAAGGUUUUCGGUUUUGCCGAAAUUGAGGAUUUUUGGAUUAAAUAUUUUUGUAACUCGGCAAAUAUCACUAACUCAACUAUGGACAUCCACGAAACGGGACACGCGUGGAGAUUUAUCCGUGCAUCAAUGUCGCUUGCAGGUCUUUUACCCCCUAUCGCCUUCAACGGAUGCAUGUUACUUGAUGGUGGCUAUUUGGAUAACUUGCCUGUGAAUGAGAUGAAGAAAAGAGGUGUCAAGCACAUUAUUGCUGUUGAUGUUGGUUCUGUUGAUGACCGUACCCCAAUGAACUAUGGUGACACUCUCCUGGGGUUCUGGGUUUUGCUUAAUCGUUGGAACCCUUUUUCCAGCCACCCCAACAUUCCAACAAUGAUGGAUAUUCAAAUGAGAUUGACCUAUGUUUCUAGUGUCAAUGCAUUGGAGGAGGCCAAGAGAACUCCCGGUGUUUAUUAUUUACGGCCACCUAUCGAUCCUUAUGCCACUUUAGAUUUUGGAAAGUUUGAUGAGAUUUACAAGGUUGGAUUAAAGUAUGCAGACGACUUGUUCGUUGAGUGGAAAAGCAACGGCAAAUUUCCAAGAAUCGCCGGAUUGGUUGAGAAAAAAAAGGAUGGAGAAGAAAAGAGAAUAUUUUAUCGAAGAAACUCUAUCUAG